AUGACAUUUGUACCGGUCGAGUAUUGUUUUCGACAACUGUCAGUGUCGUACGCUUAAAAAAACAGUAGUAACGAGGGGUUUUUGUACAUUAUUUUUUAUGAUUAGAUUAUUUUACGCGAAUAACAUGAUUGCCUGAGGCGAGAUUCCAUGUGCGCAAACGACGCCGAACGCGGAAAUUAACAUAGAGGAAGAUCGAACGUAAAACGUGAGUGCCGCGUGUGUUUCUACCCUGGCCGGUCGUAAAAAAAUUCACCCGACGCCGCCGCCGUUCGGAAGAUGUCUGCGCAGAAAGGGGGACGCAGGAUUGUCAACGUCGGCAACUACAGAUUCACCGGCAAACGUCUGGGCAAGGGAAACUUUGCGAUUGUCGAAGAGGCUGUACACAGCGUUCUCAACAUGAAGGUGGCAAUUAAAAUUAUGGACAUUAACGAACUCAAGGAGGACUAUGUCAUUCGGAAUCUCUACCGGGAAGCAAAAAUUUUGUCUAAGCUCGCUCAUCCGUCCAUUGCUACCCUAUUUCAGACUAUGCAAUACGGCAACAUGUAUUAUCUGGUGAUGGAGCUGGUUGGCGGCGGCGAUCUCUGCAACUUCAUCCGAACCCAGCGCAACGGCCGCCUCGAAGAGCAUUGCACGAGACUCUUCGCCCGUCAGCUCGUAUCGGCCAUCUCCCAUAUGCACAACCUGGGAAUCGUUCACAGGGACUUAAAAAUGGAGAAUGUUAUGCUUUCGUCGAACAAUGACCGCAUCAAGAUUGUUGAUUUUGGCCUUAGCAACGUUUAUACUGGAGAUAGUCUCAUGCAUACACACUGCGGAUCACCGGAGUACGCCGCGCCUGAACUGUUCGUCGAGGGCAAGCCCUACGGACCGGAAGUUGACCUCUGGAGUUUAGGUGUGAUUUUGUAUGGUAUGGCAGUGGGACAAUUGCCGUUUGUGAGUGGGUCCCGCAAUGUCCAACCCACAACGCAACGUCGAGACAAGCUGAUAGAACAAAUCAACAGAGGCUUGUCUACACCUCAUCGCAAAGCGCUUGCGCUCUUCUCCGUUGACUUCAAAACUAUGAUGGACAAGUUGCUGGUCGCUGACUCCUCUAAGCGCAUCAACAUCGGCGAGUUGUGUUUCCAUCCAUGGAUUACCGAUAAAGGACGCAAGGCGAUUCGGUCCAACCCGCUGAAGAGAUUAGAAGACCGCUCUAGAUUCGACAUAAUCAGAGAUGUGGCCGAUAGAAGCGACACACCCUGGCAGGACGUGCAGCGUGCUCUCCAUAUUGAGCCGCAGGGCAAUCUCUCGGGCAUGUUUAACCUGCUGGCACAUAAGGCAAUGAACCACACGCUAGACGCUGAACUCCUCAUGGCGAAGAUGCACUUGCCAAGUACUAGUAGAACCGCAGCAAAUCGGGUGGUUGCCGAAGGCGGCGGCGGUGCGAAGUUUGCCAAGUUAAAGUCACAAGCUGUUAAGCGUCAGGACACUGCCAGGUCGACGCCGGCGAAGAAACCGGAAGGUGGAAAAUGUGGCGACACGCCGAGAAAAAUUGUUGCCGCAAAGCGUCCAAUUGCAGUAAAACCGGAAGGAUCGCAGUUGCUCGAUAAUCAUACAAAUCAUACAAGGUCGCCCGGUGGCGAUGCAUCCAGAGACAAUCCGCAAUGCAUGUUUAACGCGUUUCCGUUUAAUUCUGGCCCAGCACAGAAUACCCGAAGCAAGAAAACUAAAAUUGAUUCAAUAAUGCCGCAAGCCAAUCAACGCCAUACUUUAAGAUCUGUGCAUCGAACUUUAAGCGCGACGACAAAACCAUCAGAUAAUCGGCAGGUGACCACGUGUCCCCCGGGCACGAUUUGCGAAAGACCGGUUAAACGUCGCAGUAUGUUGCCAGUUUUGCAAAUGAACAAGACGGCACCGAGCGCAACGAAUGGCUUGUUGAAAUGCGCCCUUCUGCCCAAGAAUAGGCUGUAUCAGAUCACGAAAAGCGCACCACUUGAGCGCUCCGAUGACUUCAAACGUUGCAAUGGAGGUACAGGAGGUAUUAACCGAAAAGUGGACCUCAGUAAUGAACCGAUUGCACGAUCCAUUGCCGGCUACAUGACGAGAAAUAUAAACAAGACCAAAGUGGAGUCAUUGAAGUGGGUUAAGGGUGCGACUAGCAAUUACGGCACGUGAACCAGUCAUAAAUAACUUUCUUUAUUAUUUGUUGUGCAACAAUAACAAAAUAAUGUUGUUACAUUUCUUCCCAAAUAAAUGUAAUAUCCCACUAA